AUGACAAAACAACCCUUAGUGACCCGCUCACACAAAUCCAACGACCGUGAAUACCAGGCUGAGGGUGUGAUGGGUACUCGUGACAAUAUACCACGCUACUUCGCAAAGUCCGGCCCCACCGAUGCUGAUCCUCGCAAGACAAAGAAGGACGGGGGUGGCAAAGGCAAUUGGGGUCGAUCAGGAGACGAAAUGCAGGACACCAACUACUCGUUCGCCAAUGCUAGACGCCGGUCCAACAGUAGCACCCAGGGUCUGUCUGACUUCAACACCAAAUUUGAGGCCGUCGAACCGGAGCCUGUGUUCGAGGAAGAAGACCUCGGUGAGGCCGACAUGGCUGCGGGGAAUGAUAAUACCGUGACCAAGGUUGAGAGUGCCAGUAGCAACGAUAGUGAGGCUGAUCACGGAAGGAAGUAUUAG